AUGGGUCCCCAGGUCCUGUUUGCAACAGAUGAUUGGUUUGCAGCUGCAGAUAAUCUUUUGAAGGCAGUUCACAGGCCACCACCGGGCCUUUCCUUGGGAUCAGGACCCUGGGCUUGGAACUUCCGCUUGCUGAGAGCUGCCGACCAAUCAGAGGCCGACAGCUGUAGUGAACAGCAGUGCCACAGGAGAGGUGGUGGCUGCUGCCAGUAUGAAACCUGCCUGAGGCCUAGGAUCGUCGCUGAAUCCCAGGCCACAGGAUUCGUACAGCGAGAAGCACCGCAAUGGAAAGCAGAAGAUUUUACAAAUUUUGGCAAAUGGAUGGAUGGAUGGGAAACCAGGAGAAAACGAAUUCCAGGUCACGACUGGUGUGUUAUCAAGUUGGGCGUGCCUGGAGUCAUACAUGGAUUUGAUGUAGACACUUCUUACUUUACUGGCAAUUAUACUCCUCGUUUGUCGAUUGCAGCAGCAUGCCUAAAUGCUGAUGAAGUUCCAGACUUGCCUUCAAGGGGGGAGAAGAUGGGAACUGCUGCUUCAGAGGAGGAUUUUGAAGCCAUCAGAAAGUUGAUGCCAGAGUUCUGGACUGAACUGGUUCCAAUGACAAUCCUGCAACCAGGCUAUGUUGACACUUGCCACAAUUAUCUUCCUGCUCAGCAACUGAGGCAAUGGACUCACAUCAGACUGAACAUGUACCCAGAUGGUGGGAUUGCACGACUCAGGGCUUAUGGCAUUGGCCACAAAGAUUGGUCAGCAGUUUCACAGAAGCAGGCAAUAGAUCUGGUUGCAAUGACCAAUGGAGGUGUAUGCUUGGGAUACAGUGAUGCUCAUUUUGGACACCCUAAAAACAUUAUAGGCAUUGGAAGAUCCAGUGUUAUGUCUGAUGGAUGGGAAACAGCCAGGAGAUUGGACAGACCGCCAGUAUUAAAGGCAGAUGAUCAGGGUGUUUUACAGGUACCUGGUUAUGAAUGGGCUGUUUUUAAGCUUGGACAUCCUGGCAUAAUAACUCACAUUGAGAUUGAUACAAGCCACUUCAAAGGUAACUUCCCAGACAGUUGUGAAAUUGAAGGAUGUGCCAUAACUCCAGAAGAGGAAAAAGAAAGGAUUGCUAUGAUGUGGAAAGAGUGUCUUGGUUUGAAAUGGAAGUUGCUGCUGCCAGUUACUAAGUUGAAACCACACCAGCAACACUUCUACUCCAUCGAAAUGAAAGAUAUUGUAACUCAUGUGCGACUGAAGAUUAAACCAGAUGGUGGGAUCAGUAGAAUGCGGCUCUUGGGAUACCCAGGCACUUUGCCUGCAGUAAACCUGUGA